GUUAAGGUACUUUUCGGUCCUGAUCAUCGGCUAGAGAGUUUCGGAGAAGUUUGGUCGCGCCUCUUGGCAUUGGCUGUAACUUUCUUGGUUUGCUUGUUACUGGUUUCCUUCUUGGUUUUAUUUAGUUUAUUUGGUUUUGCUUUUUGCCGUGCAUGGUUUACUAGGUAAGCUGUUGGGUUAUACCAUAGAGAUUGAAAUGGGAAAGUCAUUCGAGUUUCAUACUUCACUGGUGCUGCAGCAAUGGAGUUUGCUGAAUGAAUUACUUCGCGGUGCUGCCGGAGAUUUGGUCCUCAAUGGCACCGGACUAGAUAUUCCCCAUGUGGUUUAUAUUGCCAGGUAUGCAGGCAAUGUGAGCAUAGAUCCGACAUCUUACGAGUCAAUCAAUCAGAGCCAAGCUGCCAUUGCCAAGGGCCUUUCCAAAGGGGAUGUUAUCUACGGAGUAAAUACCGGAUUCGGAGGCUCAGCAGAUAUACGUGCAAACGACGUCCUAGCCCUCCAGCGCGUCUUAACCCGCGAGCUGAGCUAUGGUGUAUUACCCCCGGGCGCGCGUGAUCCUCGCCCUCCUUCUGAUCGCCAGAAGCUCGCAUAUCAGGCGUUCGAUCUGAGUCUCGAACAUGCAGCCGAGUCUCAGCACCUGCCACUUCCCUGGGUGCGGGCUGCAGUCUUACUGCGUCUGAAUUCGCUGGUCAAAGGCCAUUCGGGCGUUCGACCCGUUAUCGUAGAUCGUUUACGGGAUCUUCUUCUGAAGAAUAUCAUUCCUAUGGUCCCGAUGCGGGGGAGUAUCUCCGCUUCGGGGGAUUUGAGUCCUAUUGCUUAUAUUAGCGGUGUACUUCAGGGCAAGCCGACAAUUCGAGUUUUCCGUCCAGGCAUCGAACGGGAUGUGUACGCUGACGAGGCUCUUGCGGAGGCGGGUGUGGAGCCGAUAUCCCUGACGGCAAAAGAGGGUCUCGCUAUUGUCAAUGGCACGGCGAUGUCGGCGGCUUGCGCCACGCUCGUGCUGCACGAUACACACCAGCUAGCCAUGUUGGGACAAAUACUGACAGCAAUGACCGUAGAAGCACUGCUAGGCUCGCCGGAGAGCUUCGACCCCUUCUUCGCCGAGGUGCGUCCGCACCCAGGACAGGUCGAGAGCUCACGGAACAUCCGGGUGUUCCUGCGUGGCUCUCGACUUUCACUACAGAAGGAUGGCAAGGAUGGAUCACUUCGCCAGGAUCGAUACUCGAUUCGCACUGCUGCGCAAUGGAUGGGCCCCGUGCUCGAAGAUUUGCUACUAGCCCAUCAGCAAAUCAGCAUCGAAUGCAACUCGGCUACGGAUAACCCCCUUGUAAACGGCGACGGACAGUUCCUCCAUGGAGGGAAUUUCCAGGCCAAGGCCGUCACCUCUUCUAUGGAGAAGAGUCGUCAGGCCGUACAGGCGAUCGGUCGUAUGCUCUUCACCCAGUGUCAGGAGAUGAUCAAUCCCGCCACCAGCUGGGGUCUCCCCCCGAACCUGGUUGCAGACGAACCCAGUCAAUCCGGCAUCUUCAAGGCUAUUGACAUUUACAUCUCGGCGUUGACCUCCGAGCUGGGGUUCCUGGCGGGUCCAGUUAAUCAUGUGUACAAUGCGGAGCUGGGUAACCAGUCGUUGAACUCACUGGCUCUUAUCUCCGGUCGAUACACUGCUACGGCGGUUAAGGUCCUAACGGAGAUUGUCGCGGCGCAUCUUCUCUCCGUAUGUCAGGCUCUGGAUCUUCGUGCCAUGCAGUUACAGUUCUUGGAGGGAGUCAAGACUGAGUUCUUCGCCCGGACCGUCUCAAUGGUGGAGAAGCAGAGCCCAAUCACCACAGACGCUAGCGAGAACCUGCCAGCCACGCUAUGGGCUCAUCUCCAGAAAGGACUAGAACAGACCGUCUCAAUGGACAGCACGGAUCGGUUCCCUCACAUCGCCAAGACGAUGCGCGUGCCCAUUCUGGAUUGUUUACCUUCUCAAAGUGUCGUUUUAGAAGAAAUGCAGUCGUUCAUUGACCAGCUCGGUCCCUGGCUCCACGAAGCAUGGUGCACCAACCGGGACGCUUAUCUGGUUCAUGGUGAUGCUAGCUCUGUGUUGGGUGAUGGGUCUAAGAAAAUGUAUCACUUUGUGCGGAAGACUCUCGGGGUGCCGAUGUUGUGUACGAAGAGGAUCUUGACACCCACUGAGGAGGCAAUGGCUACCGGGCAGGUGGAGGAGGCGCCCACGGUGGGUGGAUACACAAGCCUCAUCUACAGGGCAAUUCAACGAGGUGAAUUUUUGCCAGUCAUCCAGGAGCUGCUGGUGGAGUGUUUGACGAAGGAGGAGCUGGAGCGGUAGUUUCAUAUUAUGAACUUCAUGUGAACCGCGCUAUAUCGCACUAAAUUAUAUCUUGUUAAGUCUAGAAUAAAUAUAGACCAUUUUCCAAUCAAGACAAGAGUCGUAAUAUUUUAU